AGUCGUCCAUCCGUAUAUUCAUCCACGACUUCUUGUGACCUCCAUUUAUUCCUCCUUCAUUUGCAGAGAGCAGAAUGGGGUUCGUCAGCAGACCCACGCGUGCCUGUGCCCUAGUCCUUGUGACCCUGGUGACCCUUCAAGCCACCGUACUCGCCUUCCCACAGCAUCGUUACGGUCGACAGGACCCACCCCCAGACGCUGCCCCCAAGAAGAAGGGUGACGCUAUAGCCAAUGCAAAGUCCGAAACUGGAAUUGCUGCGGCAAAUGCUAUCACAAAGGCUGGUGGUAAUGCAGUUGCAAAUGCCGUAAACGGUACCACGGCUGCGGCGACGGCCAUGGCUGGCAAAGAGGGUAAUGCCCAGGCCAAUGCAAAAACUUAUGGAGAAGGAGGUGCAAAAUCGAACGCAAUGGCGACCGGAACUGGGUCGGCCAUUGGUAAUGCCGAGUCCCUUGGCGUCGGAAAUGCCCAAUCCAUGGCUAUGGCCGCUUCAGGCACAGCUGUUGGAAAUGCAUUGGCAGCUGGAGGAGGAAAUGCCACUUCCCAGGCAGCCACAUCUGCCGGUGGAAACGCCGAGUCUCAAGCUAAGGCCCUUAAGGGUGGUAAUGCCUUCGCGGCAGCUCAAACGAAGAAUGGAGGUGCGGCCGUGGCUGGUGCCUUGACUUCCGGAGGAGGAAAAGCUCAGUCCAAUGCCAUUGCAAACGGCGGCGACGCUCGUGGUGCAGCGAUAGCAACUGGCGGAGGUGACUCUCACACAAUUGCGCAAUCUAAGGGAGGUGAAUCCAAGGGUACAGCUUUCUCUGACGGAGGCACGGCUCAAUCAGAUGCGUCUGCCACUGGAAAUGCUAUGUCAAACGCAAUGGUUGACGAUCCAUCAGAAGGUUCACCAGCAAAGGCAGAAGAUGUCGAAAAGCUGAUGUCCGAUAGUUUUAAUAUGAGACCGGGAAGUGGCUUCGAGAAUGGUGUAGUUGGAUAGAUCAUGUUACAUUUAUAGAGGGACAAAAAAGAAAGAAAUUUUUUACUAUCCGGAAAAUUGUCGAUAUUUAUUUAUCCAAAUAAAGGAAAUUCGUUCGUUCAUGA